AUGUCUGAUUGCAAGAUUACAUUGCAAGAUUGUCUAAUUUCACAUGAACUAUGCACAUUAUUACCUUUAGGAUUCUACUGUUGUGUUAGUAACAACAAAGUGUUUUAUACAAAUUAGAAGAGCACCAAUUUUUACUAAGGCGUGCUUUGCACUCGGGAGCGGGAUACAAUUUUGCAUAUUUUUUCUUGGACGCAUAUCUCUUCGCUUUAGUUUUCUGUAACAUUUUUUACCUUGCAUGCCAUUCGUCACUGUCUCGCACAUGUACAUCUGGAUCUUAGAGUAGUAGUUUCUGAGCAGUAAAUAAUGUCUGAUACAAGGAGCAUUGGUGGUACACUGUAUUGCAUACUCUAGUGGUCAGCAUACGGUGGAGUUUGGUGUGUUGUGCAUGAGUAAGGAGUUGAGUCAGAGCCUGGAGAAUCUCGGUGGGGCACAGACCCUACCGGGUCGCUUCUCUGUUCCGUCCAUUUCCGGCAUCUACACCAGGCAUAAGCGGACCAGCUCAUCGCCGGAUAGUCUGUCUGCCGAACGAGGUGAUAACAAAUCACCUGGUACAAAUGCAAGUCCUGCAGCUUUAUAUAAAUUAACAGUACCUUUGUUAAGAUGUGAGGUAGUGGAUGUUAGAGAUGCUGCUGUACAAGCAAUUGGAAAAGUAAACGCUGAUGCAUUGAAAGAUUUAAUGGAGGAAUUGGUUCCUUAUAUUCGGGAAGCAGUUGAUCGUAAACAAGAAAAUAUGAGACGAAGAAGGCGAAGGGAUGCAUUGAGAUUGCAACUAGUAAGAGUAUUAGAACUGAUUGCUGAAUAUGGAACUCCUGCGGUAUUAGAUCGAGAAACACAAUCGCUUCAUCCAACAUUUGUCGAAUAUAUCGAUGGUGCCCGUUUGUAUCUAGAGAACGAAACCGAUAAAGAAGCGCCUGCAGUUCGUGAUAUUAAAUUGCAUUUCUGUAAUUUCAUAAGAAAAAUGAUCAAGAGUUUUUCACUGGAAACAUGUCAUACAUUGUUAAAAAGGGACUUAAGACGGAAUUUAUUUAUGCUAUUUGCUAGUUGGUCAGGCCCCUAUGGAAAACCGCUCGUAAAUACAUCUUCGCUCCACGAAGAAGAAAAAUCAUAUACAGAGUUACAACUUUCAGCGCUACAAGCUAUGAGCGGAUUAUUAUGCUGCGGUCCUUGUUUCAAUCCCCAAUCACUUUCAGAAGAAGGAGCAAUACUUUAUCAGUGGCUAGAUUUAUUACUGGCAAGCAAAGACGAAAAAAUCUAUGCUCUUGCUCGAGAAACAGUAGUUUUGUUAUUAGAAUGCAAUCCCGAUAUUGGAACACUCCUUGAUUGGAUAGUUGAUCGAUGUUACACUGGUGCUCCACAAGUCGCUGAUGGUUGUUUCCUUGCUUUAGCGACAAUUUUUAGUGCAAGAGAGUAUCCUUGUGAUCAUUACACAAGCAUCAUCAAUGUUACUUUAAUGAGUACGGGUUGUCCACGUGCCCCUGUUCAUGAUGCAGCUCUCCAACUUCUUCAAUUGUUGGAUCAAAGAUUUUUCGGAAAUGUGGGCCCUCUUCCAGCUACAGAACCAGAGACCAGUCAGGAUGAUCCUGUUGGUGGUUCAUCAACUACAGCUACUUCUGCACCAGGACAACAAAGUAAUCCUAUCGGCGGAAUAUCCUCAAAUGGUACAAUUAGGGGUGGCACUCUUGAUGUACUUUUAUCAACCACAUAUUGUCGUAAUCAAAUGUAUCUUUCUCGUCAACUUGCUCAACUUCAUCCGGAAUUGACGAUGCCCAUGUUUAGUGAAAUUACACAUAGAUUUCAAACGGCUAGAAGAGAAGUACGACAAUUGUUACUUCAAUACUUGUUACCCUGGUUGCAUAACAUGGAAUUAGUGGAUCCAAAUGUACCACCACCCUCCAAUCCCUUGAGCUAUUAUCAGUACUAUGCAACUGAUAUGUCACGCGGUGGAGCACGCAGAGAAGGUUGGGGUAGUGCAGAAGCAACAGAGAUGGUUUUGAACAAUUUAUUUUAUAUAACUGCCAAGUUUUCGGACGAACAUCCUAAAGAGACGGAGGAACUUUGGGCAACUCUAUGUGGUUGUUGGCCUAACAAUUUAAAAGUUAUCAUUCGUUAUUUAAUUAUCGUCUCAGGAAUGGCGCCACAAGAACUUCUUCCAUACGCGAAACGCGUUGUCUUGUAUUUAGCAAGGGCUCGGCCAGAUCGUUUAGUCGAUGAGAUGAUGACGGAAUUGCAAACAGUGGAAACGUUGAAUUGUUUAAUCGAGAGAACUGAAACACCACCUUUCUAUAGAUUGACUAGUAUGAGAAAAGCUUCUUCUCAUAGCGAUGCUCCAGUUGUUGAUCCUGGAAAUCCUCCGCGUGAUCUGGGUGUUGAGAAGGGUACCAUUCAUACUAAAAGACAUUCAGGCGAAGAUCCUGUUAAAACCGGUUCGAAAUCGGAUACUGCAUUACGGGCACUCGCUGGAUUUCAAACCCCAAGGGCGGAAAAAACAAGGACUGCGAGCGGUCCGCCAGUUCUUCCGGAUGAUUUGUCCACUCCUACAACAGAAGCCGAGUUGACUACAGACGAAUCUUGUUACGGCACACGGAAUGGAUCUGUAGGAGUAAAUGGCAAAAUUUCAUGUAAUGGAGAAAAGUUCGAUAUUCCACAGCCUCAUCCUUUACCAAUGCCUGAGUACGGUGGAUAUUUUGCUCCUUUGACGGAAUACUUACCAGAUAGCUCACAGCCAAUAAGUGGAUUCCAUAGAUGCAACAUUGCCGUUAUGUUGCUCACUGACGUUGUUGUCGAUGGCAUACAACUUGACUGGGCUAUCCAUGUUCCUUUAAUGUUGCAUAUAGUUUUCCUUGGCUUGGACCAUUCAAGACCUCUCGUAAGGGAUCAUUGUCGUUGUCUUUUAUUAAAUCUGUUGGUUGUUCUCGGGGAUCAUCGAGAUCAUCUCGGCGUAGCACGAGUACUGUUAGCAUCAAAAACUGAACAAUUGGGCUUAGGUCUCUCUACUCCAGCUUUACCAAUAUUCGAGCACAAUUUCACUGAGGUUGAUCCAGAAUUUGACAGUUAUCUGUACGGUCCACCUCCAGCACCACCUCCUACAACGCCUCCCCCGUCAUCUUCACCGCCACCACCAUCUUCUUCUCCUCCUCCACCACCAUCACCUCCACCGCCACCACCUCCACCGCCUCCGCUACCUGAAUCCUCCAUAUUCAAUGCAGCACCUCCGCCGCCGCCACCUCCACCUCCUCCACCACCAUUUCCAUCUUCUAAUAAUGGAACACCUAUUCAUUCGCCUAUUCCUAACUCAACAUCUACUCCUCCAUUAUCGAUGAAUCACAUGAAUCAAUCAGUUAUGGACAACUAUAACAAAGAUUAUUCAAAUUCUCAUGCAUAUGAGUCAUCAACAUGCAACAAUUGGCCUCCAACGUCAAAUUCAGCGAAUACAGUACCGCCUGUUAUUGUCACACCAGAAGAUGCAAAUAACUGGGUUGGACCACAACCAGGUCCGAAUAUGCCCAUCCAAGAUGUAAUUAAAUCUUUGAUCAAUUUUUUGGCUUCUCGUAUAAAUCAACCAUUAUGGAACUAUGAAGACAUGACUGCCAAAGUAUGGUGGGUUCGCAGUGCUGAACAAUUAACAGUAUUAUUGCGACAUGUAUUAAGAGUUUUUAGAGAUUCCUUACCCCACGCUCUGGUUAGUCAACGUUGGGCACAAACUGCAUUACAAUUAGGCCUAUCUUGUUCAUCAAGACAUUAUGCAGGAAGAUCUCUUCAAGUAUUUAGAGCAUUACGAGUUCCUAUUACAUCUCGAAUGUUAUCUGAUAUUUUGUCUAGAUUAGUAGAAACAGUUGCCGAGCAAGGAGAAGACAUGCAGGGGUAUGUGACUGAAUUAUUAUUAACACUUGAAGCAGCUGUCGAUUCGCUAGAAUCCGAUUUCCGACCUUUAGAUUUUAUGAAAGAAAUAUUUAAGUCUACACCGAAUCUAAAUAAUAAAGAUCCAGCUUCGGGUGGAUUAAUUGGAGGAAAACGAAGUCCAGGAGGAGGUAAUGGAUAUCCAGCGGGUCCACAUAUAUUCUCUCACUUAAAUCAAGGUGGUCAUACAAGAAGUACUAGUUACUCAGUCAGUUAUUGCAUGAAAAAAUCAAGUGGCGGUAACUCAGUAGCAAGUGAAAUAAAAGAAUUAGAUAACAGAUGUAAUAAGUAUCCCAAUUCUAAUCUUUCGCGAUCAAGAUCGGCUCAAUCUUUAAAACUAUUGGGUGAUUCAGCAACACAAGAUGAUAAAAUGACUAUUUUGGCGCAACUAUUUUGGUUAUCGGUGUCUUUACUUGAAUCAGACUAUGAACAUGAAUUUCUUUUGGCAUUGAGGCUACUUAGUCGUGUACUCCACAGAUUACCUUUAGAUCGACCAGACGCUAGAGAUAAAGUUGAAAAAUUACAACAACAAUUAAGAUGGAAUUCGUUCCCUGGUGUACAUGCAUUAUUAUUAAAGGGAUGUACUAGCCCCAAUACAUAUGAACCCGUCGUAACAUUAUUAUCUCAGUUUACUCCAUUAUUGGAUUUGCCAGUUGUCGAUCCUACUCAAAGUCUCGCAUUUCCGAUGAACGUUGUAUCACUACUUCCCUAUAUGCUUUUAAAUUAUGAAGAUGCUAAUGAAUUGUGUAUUAGAAGUGCAGAAAAUAUUGCACAAGUGAGUGCCGAAAAAGGGAAGAAAUUGGAAAACUUGGGCACUGUCAUGACAUUAUACAGUCGACGUACUUUUAGUAAAGAAAGUUUUCAGUGGACUAAAUGCGUUGUUAAAUAUUUGUAUGACACAUAUGCUCAUCUCAGUUUUAAUAUGCUUGCUUUCCUAGUUGAAGUAUUGGAGAAAGGUCCAGGAAGUGUUGCAUUACCUGUGCUUAGUAUUAUACACUGUAUGUUACAUUAUGUUGAUUUAGCUUCGCAAGCAGCGCAACCAAUCAACACUGAACUUCUGAGAGUGAUUUCAAAAUAUGUUGAGGGUCCUCAUUGGAAAGAAGCUCUUAAAAUAUUGAAACUAGUAGUAACAAGAUCGUCUACAUUAGUAGCACCACCUACGUCAGUGCAUGGAUCAUCUUGGGAGUCUUCAAUAGCAUCUCCGCAUCCAAGCUUCACUGAUACCGAGAUGUUUACAAAAAAAGAAUUACCUGGGAGGACUAUGGAUUUCACGUUUGAUUUAUCACAAACACCGGUAAUCGGUAGACGGUGGUUAAUACGUCAAGGUGUCGAAGAAAAAUCACUCAGUUCUCCUCGAUGUUCAUUAUCUCUUUCACCAGCUGACAGUAAUGCGGUUUCUGGUUGGAAAAGACCAUGGAUGUCACAGGUAAUAUUCAGUCAAAGUUCGGAUCUAAUGGAAAGACAAUCAUCAAUGGCUUCUUCAACGGAAGAAGUUUCUGGUGCAAAUAACGAUUUAAGUGGAGGAUCAAGAAGAGAUGACGAACAAUUUGGCGUAUUUAAAGACUUCGAUUUUCUUGAAUAUGAAAGUGAAAGCGUUGAAGGUGAAAGUACCGAUAAUUUCAAUUGGGGAGUAAGACGUCGUCCUCUUAGCGAAGGAGAAGAAAGAGAACCAAGUCUAAGACAAUUUGAAGAAAGUUUAAGUGAAAAGACUCAGUCAUCUAGCAAACACACCAGUCGACGUGGCGUUGCGGAAGAAUCGUCAGAUGAUGAAGCUGGUUCAGAAUCACCAUUAGAUGAAGUACCUGGUGGAUCUGGAGCAGGACAGGAAGUAAAUAAUAUUCCUGGAAUGUUCCCACCAUCUUCCUUAUCUUUAAUACCUACUCGUACACGUCAUGAUUCUUCAACAAGGUCUGACACAUCUGGCUCUAGCGCAGGAGAUUUAGGAGAUGUAACACCUUGUAAUGCAUCACCAAAUUUAUCAGCAUUAAUGCCUUUUAGACAGAUUGCAAGGGAUGACGCGGAAGAAAUUUGGCGGCAACAAAUUCAAAAUUUAAUCACGCAGUCUCUUUACAAUACUUUAGAUUUUUUCCAAUUAUUGAGUAGAAUACUACGGGAUGUAAGCAGUAAAUCGGUUACUCUUACAAGAGAAGCUAGUGCCUUAUUGUGUAACGGCAGUCCUGCUUCCACUCAAUUAGGCUAUCAUUUAUCUAGUCAUGCAGAAUUACUUAGUUCAAAAGCUGAACCACCUUUAAUUUGGUUCUCGAUUGCUAUUUUCGCAAAUCAAAGAUUAAAUGAAUCAUUGCGAUUUGGAAUGUUAGAAAUUCAAGAACAUCUUGAAACAUUUCUUGAUAAAAAAGAUCAUGCUACCGAAUGUUUGGAAGCAGCCAAAGCAGCCGCAAAACUUCAAGCAUUAGGUGGAAGUCACACCACAGAGGCAGGUCUCGAAGAGAUGCUCUUAGACCUAGGCAGAGCACUCUAUAAACUUCAUCUUCAAUUAUUAUUGUUAAUCGAAGCUUCAAAUAAGAUGCUAGCUACUCUCAUGAGCGCUGCAAGAAACGUACAGAUUCCACUUCAAGACAUAUCCGCAGAAAUUGCGAAUAUGAAAAUUGCUUUGAGUAGAGCACUUGAAGAAAGUACAGAGAGUGAAAGAGGGACACCGACUCCAACGCCUAGUCCUAGUCCUUUGCCCGGCACUGGUGCCGUGGAAGAAGUUGCUCGUGUUGCAGAACUACUUAGAAACGCACGAUGGUGCCCUGCUCUUGAAGCUGUAAGACUGCAUAGAGCUCAAUGGCCAGGAGAUCCUUUUCAUGAUGAUGAUGAUGUAACGACUGCUGUUAAUAUGUAUUGCAAAUACCUGGGACAAGAUAGAUCUGAUAUUUUUGUGGUUACACGAAAGGACGAUGAAAUGUCAGAAAUAUUUAGUAGACUAAUGGAAAGUUUAUUUCAAGUUUUAGCGGCUGUUACAGGCUUAGAAGCUUCAACAAAGGCAGUACGAAGUCAACAUGAUCAUCCUAAUAAUACGAAAAAUGACUGUUAAUUUAACAUAAAUUUUAAUGUUAUAUUAUAUUGUAGACAGUUAUUUGUCUAAAUUCAAGUCUUCAUAUAAUUUAAUUAUACCGUGCGUUUUACCCAUGUAUCUUGUAUACAACUAUAGACGUAUGUAUGUAUAUCGCGAAAUAAUCGUCAUAAAUGUGUAGAAAAAAAUACGCACGAGCGGAAGCACGAAAUCGUCGAUUUUGUCGUUCUUUUUUUUUAACACAAACGUAAUGAUGUGUAUAAAUUCGACGAAAUAAAUUUUUGAAAACUCGAA